AUGGAAUGCUGCCCGUGAUCAACAGGAGCUUCCACUGUAGACUCUUUCUAGGCCGGGGCUCAUUCUCUGUACCAACAUCAACAUCUCUCUGCCCUGGCCCCAUUCCAGGCUUCAUUAAGCAAAGAGUGCUAGGAAGUUCUGCACCCACUGCUAGAGGGCAGGAACUAUGUCCUGUUUAGCCUUUAUUCCCCGCGCCUGGACAUGACAGCUCUAUCGGGCGCUUAUUCACUUAAGGGGUGGGGUCCCGGUUGAGAGGCGAAGGAUUUGGCAAGAGAGGGCAUGGGGGACAGAGACAGAGGAGCAAAGUCUGGGGAGGGGUGGGAAGUUCUUGGGAGAAGGGUGGAAAGACACGAAGGAAGGCGAGCAGAGGACAAGGAAAGGGGGCUUCUCACCUUCCGAGUGAUCUGGCCUGGAGGAGGGAGGGGCCGCCAGCCGCCCUCGCAACCGUCACCUUGCCCCACCAGGGAACUCGGGGUGCGGCCCUCGGCAGCCUUGGGCCAGCCGCCAGGUCCCCGCCCUCCGCAGGAUUUACCCCUGUCCCGCCUUCUUCAGCCCAGGCAGCCUGGGAGGUUCCGCAGUCGCCGCUUCCGCCUUGGCCAGGUGGAGCUGGAAACCCGGUCUCUCUAGGGCCUACCCUGGGUAGGCCUGAGAACAGCUGAAGGAGAGUGCUGCCAUCCUUAGGGACUCCUCCUCCAGACAUGCUUCCUGAGGCUGGCUCCCUGUGGCUACUAAAGCUGCUCCGGGACAUCCAGCUGGCCCAGUUUUACUGGCCCAUCCUUGAGGAGCUUAAUGUCACUCGGCCGGAGCACUUUGACUUUGUCAAGCCUGAGGACCUGGACAGCAUUGGCAUGGGUCGGCCUGCCCAGCGCAGACUGUCGGAAGCUCUAAAGAGGCUACGAUCUGGGCCUAAGUCUAAGAACUGGGUCUAUAAGAUCCUUGGAGGUUUUGCCCCUGAGCACAAGGAGCCCACCCUGCCCUCGCAGGGCCCACCGCACCUCCCUGAGCCAGAGGGCGGACUCAAGUGUCUGAUCCCAGAGGGUGCUGUGUGCAGAAGGGAGCUGCUGGGCUCUGGCUGCUUUGGGGUGGUGCACCGAGGGCUGUGGACGCUCCCCAGCGGCAAGAGUGUCCCAGUGGCUGUCAAGUCCCUCCGGGUAGGUCCUGAAGGCCCGGUGGGCACAGAGCUGGGGGACUUCCUGCGAGAGGUAUCGGUCAUGAUGAACUUGGAGCACCCGCACGUCCUGCGUCUGCACGGCCUGGUACUGGGCCAGCCUCUGCAGAUGGUGAUGGAGCUGGCGCCACUGGGCUCCCUGCACGCGCGCCUAACGGCCCCGGCCCCGACACCCCCACUGCCUGUGGCCCUGCUCUUCCUCUUCCUGCGACAGCUGGCGGGGGCCAUGGCCUACCUGGGGGCCCGCGGGCUGGUGCACCGAGACCUCGCUACGCGCAACCUGCUGCUGGCGUCGGCGCGCACCAUCAAGGUGGCAGACUUCGGGCUGGUGCGGCCUCUGAGUGGCGCCCGGGGCCGCUACGUCAUGGGCGGGCCCCGCCCCAUCCCCUAUGCCUGGUGUGCCCCAGAGAGCCUGCGCCACGGAGCCUUCUCGUCUGCCUCAGACGUGUGGAUGUUUGGGGUGACGCUGUGGGAGAUGUUCUCCGGGGGAGAGGAACCCUGGGCUGGGGUCCCACCGUACCUCAUCCUGCAGCGGCUGGAGGACAGAGCCCGGCUGCCUAGGCCUCCCCUCUGCUCCAGGACCCUCUACUCCCUAGCCUUGCGCUGCUGGGCCCCCCACCCUGCUGACCGGCCUAGCUUUACCCACCUGGAAGAACUGCUGCAAGAGGCCUGGCCUUCAGAAGGAUGCUGUGUGAGGGAUGUCACAGAGCCAGGCGCCCUGAGGAUGGAGCCUGGUGACCCCAUCACAGUCAUCGAGGGCAGCUCCUCUUUCCACAGCCCUGACUCCACAAUCUGGAAGGGCCAGAAUGGUCGUACCUUCAAAGUGGGCAGCUUCCCAGCCUCUGCAGUGACUCUGGUAGAUUCAGGGGGCUUGCCAGCCACCCGUCCAGUCCACAGAGGCACCCCUGCCCGGGGAGAUCAACACCCAGGAAGCAUAGAUGGAGACAGAAAGAAGGCAAAUCUUUGGGAUGUGCCUCCAGCACGGGGCCAGAGAAGAAAUGCGCCCCUUGAGAGGAUGAAAGGCAUUUCCAGGAGUCUGGAGUCAGUUCUGUCCCUGGGUCCUCGCCCCACAGGGGGUGGUUCAAGCCCCCCUGAAAUUCGACAAGCCAGAGCUGUACCCCAGGGACCCCCAGGCCUGCCUCCACGCCCACCUUUAUCCUCCAGCUCUCCUCAGCCCAGCCAACCCCCUAGGGAGCGGCUUCCCUGGCCCAAAAGAAAACCCCCACACAAUCACCCCAUGGGAGCGCCUGGAGCUAGCAAAGCCACUGUCCUCUCUGGAGGCCUCUUGCCUGAUCCUGAGUUGCAGAGGAAGAUUAUGGAGGUGGAACUGAGUGUGCAUGGAGUCACCCACCAGGAGUGCCAGGCAGCACUGGGAGCCACCAGGGGAGAUGUGGUUUCAGCCAUCCAGAACCUCAAGGUAGACCAGCUCUUCCACCUGAGUAGCCGGUCCAGGGCUGACUGCCGGCGCAUCCUAGAGCAUUACCAGUGGGACCUCUCAGCUGCCAGUCGCUACGUCCUGGCCAGGCCCUGAGCUCGCUUCUGUGGGCAUGGACACCAGCAUGAAAAGCCUAGGCCCCUGAGGGCCUGGCCACGUGGGACCAAGCAGAACCAGAAAAAGGUCCUGACGGGGGUAGACUUUCCACCUGGGGAGGUCCCACCUGCUAUAGGCACGUGGGGGAGGAGCCCAGGGUUGGGCACUGGGAAAUGUCUCCUCCCUCCCAUGCUCCUUGGCCUCUGAAGGCUGAAGCUCCUUUGGCUGGGCCAAGAAGGAUCUAGCCUGCCCACUACAUUCUCAAACAAGAGGACAACUUGGAGGAAAAAACUGCUAUACAUCGUAUCCAGAGGAAGCUUCUACUCGCUAGAGAGGAUGAUCAAGGGGCCACACUGGACCAUGCGAACAGCCAUCCUGAACUCCGUCAGCUACUGCACUAGACUGCGGGGCAGCCAUCUUGGAUGAUGGAAGCCGCCAUAUUGACUUGGGGUAUGAGGCCCAAACUCUCUUCGUUUGGUCCAGGGCCAUGGUGGGUGAUGACAACUGCUCUUUGCGUUCAAGGACAUUUGAUGCUGGUACUAUGGAUCAUGAGACGGACCAGCCCCUGCCCCAGCCCUCACAUUCCCCUUUGUUUUUCCUGGCACCAACUCCUUCUACCCUCCCCUAUUACAUACAUCUUCCAAUGUCCAAAAAGUUACAAAGUUUAUAUGAAUGUAA